CUGCUGUCACCCGCAGGGAUGCCUGGCACAGCCUGGGGAGGAUGUCCAAGGAGGAGGCGAUGGCGGCUUAUGUGGCUGAGAUGAAGAAGGUGGCCCAAAAGGUAACGGGGAGGGGGAGAGGGGGGGGGGUGCCCAUGGACGAGACGACGGAGGAGAUGUUUGGGUACUUCGAGCCGCUCUACGAGGUGAUCCAUGACAUGCCCCGGCCCCCCGAGGCCUUCUUCAAGAGGAAGGGGGGCAGUCAGGAGCGGACGGCCGACCCCAGCCAGGACGACCCAGCGAGCAGCCCGGCUCCGGAGCACACUGAAGACGCCCUGCCUGGGGAGCAGCAGAACGGGCAGCACGUGCCAG